AUGCAUAAUAGUAGUCAUGAUAAAUGUUUGAAGGCUUAUGAAGAUUUGAUGAAGCAAAAGCAACACAUCGAUAUCAUGGUUGUUGGAAUUUCAAGUCAAGCAAAACUUGAUGAUCGAGUUGGUUUGAAUGCAUCAAUUGAAUGUGUUAGAGUUUCUUUGAAAAAUGCUCCAGAGAAUCACAAAUUGAAUGCACCUUCAAUUCAAAAGGAUAUUUGCAACACUGCUGCUUUUCUAACUACAAGAGCAAUGAUUGAAGAUAUUGGAGAUGAUUUCUUCUCUUUGCUAGUUGAUGAGGCUCGUGAUUCUGCAAUCCUAGAAGUGGCCGUUGACUCGCUUUUUGCUACACAUGGUUUGAGUACGUCACAUAUUCAUGGUCAAGGUUACAAUGGUGCUAAUAAUAUGAGUGGAAAUCUUCAAGAGCUGAACGAGCACUUUGAUAAUGUUAAUACAGAGUUGCUUUCAUGCAUAGCUUGUCUUGAUCCACGCCAUUCCUUCUCAGGUUUUGACGAACAAAAAUUGAUUCAACUUGUUAAGUUUUAUCCAUUGGAAUUUGACGAUGUACAUCUCUUGGCACUUGAUGAUCAACUUGAUAUAUGCUAA